AUGGCCCAAUUGGAAUAUGCAAGUGCAUUUGGAUGUCUAAUCUACUUAAUACAAUGCACCAGAUUUGACAUAGAAUUUGCAGUUAAUAAGAUGAGUAGAUUUACUAGCAAUAUAAAUGAUGAAUAUUGGAAGGCCAUAACUAUUAAUUUCAGUUAUCUUUUAAAAACCAAAAAUCUUGGCCUUCAUUAUAGUAGAUUUCCUAUCAUUCUAGAAGCAUAUACCGAUGCGAGUUGGAUAUCGAAUGUUGGAGAUUAUGAAUCUACAAGUGGGUGGAAAUUUACAUUAGCUGGAGGUGUGAUAUCUUGGAAGAGAAAGAAGCAAACAUGCAUUACUCUCUCAACCAUGGAAUCAGAGUUUGUGGCUCUUGCGUCCGCUGGAAUAGAAGCAGAAUGGUUAAUGGACCUUCUGUUGGAGGUUCCAUUACCUAAGGAAAAUGUUUCAAAAGUGUUGAUACAUUGUGACAGUCAAGUCACCCUAGCUAGAGCAUUCAGUUAA